AUGAGAUGGGCAUGUGUGAGCUUGAUGUCACCUAAAGUGCAUCCAGUUAACACAACCUGGUCAGCUCUGCAGAAGGUAGAUUUGCAUCGUGCCAUCUUCCUUCUUCAACCAGACUGCACCUAUGAAUACACUGACUGCGUGAAUGCAAGUGUUGUCUCAAGACAAGUUUUAGAUAUCUCCGGCUACCAAAUUGGUGCAAAAGCUGCGUAUGUAAGUUGA